UGGUAUCCAGUGCAGGCUUGUUAUUGUCUAUCAUUGUGUAUUAAAACUAACAAUGUUUUAAUUAUUAAGGACAAGAGGAGACCGUUAUUGAGACUCUAAACCGGCAGCAGGACGUCAGCCCCAUGCGGUUUUCAUGACCGUUCCAGGACGGAUGCGGACAUUAGAAAUGGAACAGUACUCGGGCUGCGACUGAUGACGUUUAACGAGUCCGCGAGAACAAAAAUUCACACAAGAAUGCAUAUUGAGAAAGGGUCCAAGUGUUGUUACGUAAAAUUGGUAUGCAACCGGAAGAUGGCAGUAAUUCAACAAAAAGAAUGCAAGUUGCGCUUAAACUGCACCAAAGAAGAUGAAGAAGAAGAAAAAGAAGGAAGCGCUGAAUUCAAACCUGAAGCGGUUAGACCAGAGUGUCAACUAACGUUAACUGGUCGGCUGACAAGAUGGCUGCAGAAGAGGAGAUCCAGCGACUGAGGAGUCAGCUGAGGGAGAGAGAGGGGCAGGUCCAUCAGGCUGCCCAAGCUGGUUUGGAUCUCCUCAACCAGCAGAUGGAAAUGCAAAACAGACUGGACGAACAGAGGGUGGAGAUGACCAACGCAAUGGAGGCCCUCGAGCAAGAAAAAUACUCCCUUCAGAAGCAAGUAGAGUUAAAGACUCGGAUGCUUGACUCACUGCAGUCCGACCACGACUGUGUGAAGAACCAGCAGAGACACCAGCUUGAGGAACAAAAGCUGCAUCUGGAUAGGAGCCACAGAACAGAACUCAGUGAGCUCAACAAGAAGAUGCUGACUUUGCAGUCCACCCUGGAGGAAUCCCAGCUGAAUGAGCAGCAGCUGAAACACAAACUUGAGGCGCUGACUGAGACUCUUAAUAACAAGAUGGAGGAGCUGCAAACUGUAAAUGAACACACACACAGCUCCAUGACAUCUGAGAUGAUGGAGGUGCAGAUAAAGAUCACGGAACUAGAGAACAUUAAGGUGGAGUUGGAGCAGAAACUGCAAGAAUCUCAGUACAAAGAGCAGCAGCUGGAGUUGACCAUUAGCAGCCAACAGCGCCACCUGGAGCAAAUCACUGAGGACCGCGAGGUGGAAGCUGUUUCCUGGUUCAAUGCAUUAGAGAAAUCUCGUGAGGCCAACCAAGACCUUCAGAUCCAGUUGGACCAGGCUCUCCAGCAGGCCCAGGAUCCAGACAGUAAAGGGAACUCUCUGUUUGCAGAGUUGGAGGAUAAGCGUGCUCAGAUGGAGCGACAACUCAUCAGUAUGAAAGUCCAGUAUCUGUCACUGCAGAAAAUACACACCUUCAGCAAACAGCAACUGCAGCGCACCAAGGUACAGAUAGCCACACUGAUGCAGCUCCAGAGUUCAAGGGCGGAUCCUGCACAGCUGGAGAGACUCCAGUCCAUGCUCUCUGAGAAAAAUGGAGAAAUCCAAAAUCUCAUGACUAAGCUGCAGAGACUUGAAAAGGGGGAGCCAGCUUCUGCUCCAGCAGAGAAUGGGGACAUCCAAGAUGAAACUUACUACACUGACCUGCUGAAAAUGAAGCUCAACAACACUGUUAAGGAUGCAGAGCGAAUGGGUGACGAGCUUUUCCUGCAGAGAAUGAAAUCUUUGUCAGAGAGCCAGAGAUCUUUGGAGCUGGAGAGGAAACUCUUCUCAUCUGAACGUCUCCUCAGACAGACACAGAGCGACAAGAUCAAACUGCAACUACAAGUAGAAGAGCUACAACACAAGUAUGAACUUAAAGAUACAAAAAAGAAUGUGAUGCUAAAGAAAAAGAAAGAGAAGUUUCCUUUUGACAUCAUCCCCUCAUCUGAGAAAACAAAUCUCGACAAGGGAGAGCCUGUCCUUCCAGUGACUAUGGAUGUCACAAAGACUGCAGAUGCCGGAGCGGAUCCUGCUUGUGCAGCUGAGGCAAUGAGCCCCACACACGGUGUGUUCAUUGGAGGAAAUCAGAAUCACAACCAUUUAUUGCCAAGUUCAGAGCCUGAGCCACGGCCUGCUAAGUGUGUGAAGAUCAGUGGAGACGUUCCUGUUGGGAUUCCCAACUCCAGCUCUCCUGUAACUGACUGUAAAGACGAGGAAAAGGCUGAGAACAGGCAGCAGACUAAGAGAAACGAAACGAGAAAGAAACCAACGGUGGAGGUGAUUCAUGUCAGUGCUCAAACCAGUAUGGAGAACGAAUGUGCUCAGCAAUAGUAUAUGUGCUCCAUACAGUCAAUAUAUUUCAACCAUACACUAUUUAACAGUGUUUUGUCAUACAGUGUUCAGUUUUGCAAAACACAUGUUAAUAUCUAUUGACUUCGGUUUCAUGUUAUAUUUGCAAUAAAAGUUUUCUUAAACAUUG